UCAAUAAAUUCUUUGAAGAUUAAUAAUUUUUUGAAUUUAAAUAUAUCAGUUUAUAAUCUCCACGACCUAUUAACUUUUAACUAAAACAUCACAGAAACCUGAAAAUGUCGAAUGUCUCGGAUAAGUAAUAAAAGUAAAGAUGGUUAGGAUAAUGUUAACUACUUAUACCACAAAUGAAACGUGAAGUGUUUUAGAAUUUAGAUGUUGUUGUGAACACUGGCGAUCACCUAAUAUUAAUGUAUUUACUCAUUAAAAUUAGCUGAUCGUCAGUGAUCAUUACACACCAACAAUGCGGUGCUGUGUGCCUUUCUGCGAAAACACUUCAGACAAUGCGUCGGCAUCUGAGAGAACGGGAAUUACCUUCCAUGGAUUACCCAGUGAAGGCAAUCUCCGUACUGCUUGGCUCAGAGCCCUCGGCACACAAGACCAUCACCUGCCCGACCCUGCUGUGGUCUGCUCCCAGCACUUUCUGGAUGACGACUUAUGUACAACAGAGAGUUGUGUGAGGCAGAUUCACUCUCAUGCUAUUCCUUCAACAGUGCAGAUGUGCAUGAUAUGCCUGGACACUGGCAGCAAGCUGUCUCUAAUGAGUAAACACAAGUUGGAGGAGGCAUAUGAACAGCUAACUGGACUGUCUUUGUUUCAGUUGUGUCGUCGAGGAAACCUGAAGCAAACACUCUGUGUGCUGUGUGCUCAGAGAUUGAUUAACUUCAGUAGAUUUAGAGACUUGAGCUUGAGAGCCCAUUCACUGAUGACAGACUUAGUUGAACAACAUGAAUUAAAUACUAUACAACACAAAGAAUUGAUGAACUGCACAACUGCACAUCUGAAGUGUAAUUUGACACAAACAACAUUAGGAGCUAACCAUUGUGACUUGUACAUAGAUCACACUGAUGAAGAGGAGCAAACGGCAGUAGAGGAAUCUGUAGUGGGAGAUGUUGUAACAGUUGUAAAGAAUGAAGGCAGUUCUGAUUCCAUUUCGAGAGCUGAUAACUUGGAAUUGGCGCAAGAAGAUCACUGUGUAUCCAAGGAGGAAUACACUAUAAGCAUCAAGUUAGAAGUGGAGCCACUGGCUGAGGCUGUGAGUGAAGCUCUUCAUAGAAGAGCAGCAACUUCCUGCACUGCAGUUGCAAAACACGAGAUUGAAAUAAAGAGUGAAAGUGUUACCUUUGGAUGUACCAUUUGUUUCCAAGAGUUUGUGGAAGAGAAUGCAUACUACAAACAUAGGAUCAAGCACCUCCAGGACGCUGGCGGCGACGCUGCAUGUGAUGCAUCACAAGUGUGCGAGCCUGGUGCAGCUGUGAGCCGCAGCGGUGACUCACUUGUGCUGCAGAACAAGUCAGUAUACAACGACGCUGCAUGUGAUGCAUCACAAGUGUGCGAGCCUGGUGCAGCUGUGAGCCGCAGCGGUGACUCACUCGUGCUGCAGAACAAGACAGGGAGUCAGAGGCUGAGCGAUGAGCCUGCCCCGGCUGCAGGCUGCGCUCCGGCUGUAGUCGCUCCACUGUCCGCGAGACUUGCGGCAAACGACGAGAGCAAAGUGCAGGCAACUGAAGGAGGAGGUGCGAUCCUGACAAGCCAACAAAUCCUUGAAACUGACAUUGACGAACUGGACAACCGAUCAUCUCAGAGCGGCACCAAACCGUACACAGAUAUAAAUAAAUUCACAAAUUGUGUAGUCCAGUUAUACGAUAUAUUCAAGAAACCCAAGGAAGCUGUACUAGAUGAGAAUCUACGCGUGGGAGCCCACACUGCUGGCAAGCCUCACUCUUGUGUCUUAUGUCAUUAUAAAGCUUUAUAUAAAGGUGACUUGUUAAAGCAUAUGAGAACCCACACUGCUGCCAAGCCUUACUCUUGUGUCUUGUGUCAUUAUAAAACGUUUUAUAAAGGUGACUUGUUAAAGCAUACGAGAACCCACACUGGUGAAAAGCCAUUUUCCUGUGAUACAUGCAAUUUCCAAUGUGCACAACGAAGUCAUUUAUUACUGCACAUAAAAACUCAUACUGGUGAAAAGCCAUUUUCCUGUAAGAUAUGCAAUUCCAAAUUUGCACGAAAAGGUACUUUAUUAGACCAUAUUAAAACCCACACUGGUGAAAAACCAUUGAGCUGUGAGAGUUGCAAUUAUAAAUGUGCACGAAAAAGUUGUUUAUUACGGCAUAUUAAAACCCACAAUGAGGAAAUGUCAUUUUCAUGUGAGAUGUGCAAUUACAAAUGUGCACAAAAAAGAUAUUUAUUAAGACACAAGAGAACCCACACUGGUGAAAAGCCAUUUUCCAGUGAUGUGUGCAACUAGCUCUACAUAAGUCAUUUAUUACGACACAAGAGAACCCACACUGGUGAUAAGCCAUUUUCCUGUGACAUGUGCAACUAUAAAGCUCCGCAUAAAAGUCAUUUAUUAAGACACAAAAUCCAUUCCACACUGGUAAAAAGCCUUAUAGUUGUUAUACAUAUAUGCAGUUAUAAAUGUGCCCAAAGAAGUCAGUACAGCACAUGAAAACCCACACUGCUGAUCAGUUGUGGAUUUACUAGUAGCCUGAGAAGGUGGAGCCUAAUAUUAUAAAGCUGAAGAGUUUGUUUGUUUGAACGCGCUAAUCUCAGGAACUACUGGUCCGAUUUGAAAAAUUCUUUCAGUGUUAGAUAGCCCAUUUAACGAAGAAGGCUAUAGGCUAUAUUGUAUUUUCAAAAAAAUUAGAGAUCCUUCCUGAAACUCCAAUAAUGUAACUCAAGGUGCACAAAAUUACCUAAUAUUGUUUACAUCA